AUGGACAGAAUACCUACUCUAUCUUUGGCGGUCUAUGAGGGACUUUGUCAUAAUAUGGGGACUCCUAUGGAAGUGAGGAUGAGGAGAGAGGUGGACGAUACAAUAGAGUUUGUGGAAAAACCUGUGGAUAUCUUUAAAGGGAUUAACAAAAUGAAGAGUGGGAGUAAACGAGAGGGUUUCAGAUUAGAGAAUUCAGAUUUGGAUGUGAUGAUCUGGAGUCCAGGCCACAAAGUCAUAUGCGACCUCUCUCAGAUCAAUCUUCACAGUAUACAAAAUCAUUCUCUGAUCCUGAUGGACAAUGAGGACCUACCACCGGGAUUUACCAGAUUAAAUCUAUUAAGUGAAACUCACAACAAUAUUCAAGCAGUAAUAAUAUAUUAUUCCUGUAUACUUAUUAAUGAGAAACUUUAUAUUUCUAGCGCAUUAUUUCGUUCUAAUCAAUUACAAAUCCUUCGGUAUACAGAUAUUUAUUCUUCUGCUUUCCUUCAUGGCCCUUGCUCAACAUGGUCCACUGGACACUUAGAUAUGGACUUUGCGUUCUGUUUUCGGUCUCAUCACUGGCCUCCAAUAGCCUUACCAUGGAUACAUAGAUGUCGUCAACAAGGUUGGCCGUCUGAGGUAGUUAUAUCGGAUAUAUUAAGAUCAGGAUUCCAUGUUGUUCCUAUCGGCAGCACACCCGAAAAUGGAGAAGAAUGGAGAAUCUCUUUCUCAGCGGCAGAACAAAAACUUGUAUAUUCACUGAAUCACU